AGACCCACGAUCCCCAUGGCAACCGCCGGUUGCCACGGGUGCGAAACUGGACGCCCCCGCUCUGCGCACAGUCAGCCGCACGGAGCUCCGGGAGGCAGGACAAUGAGCUUCCAGGUGACAGGCCUGGGCCUGGACAAGAUGAAGCUGGACAGUCCCCAGUCCUUCCUGGACCAGGAGGAGGUGGAGGAGGCUGAGGACCGGCAGCUGCUGGAGCCGGAGGCUUGGAGGACCUACACAGCACGCCGCAAUGCGCUGCGGGAGUUCCUGACCUGCGACCUGAGCGCCCACCUGCUGAAGCGCCAUCACGCUCGCAUGGAGCUGCUGAGGAAGUGCUCCUACCACAUCGAGAUCCUCCCCAAGCACCUGGCCCUGGGCGACCAGAACCCGCUGGUGCUGCCCAGCACCAUGUUCCAGCUCAUCGACCCCUGGAAGUUCCAGCGCAUGAAGAAGGUGGGCACGGCGCAGACCAAGAUCCAGCUCCUGCUGCUCGGAGACCUGCUGGAGCAGCUGGACCGCGGCCGCGCCCAGCUGGACGCCCUGCUCGAGUCGCCUGACCCUCGGCCCUUCCUGGCGGGUUGGGCACUUGUGGAACAGCGGCUGGCGGACCUGUCGGCCGUCAUGGACAACUUCCUGGCCAUGAUGGUGCCGGGGCGUCUGCACAUCAAGCACCGCCUGGUGUCUGAUGUUGGUGCCGCCAAGAUCCCGCAUAUCCGGCUCAUGCUCAGCACCAAGAUGCCCGUCAUGUUCGACCGCAAGGAGUCGGUGGCCCACCAGGACUGGGUCGCCCUGCGCUGGUUUGUCACCAUCCAGCCAGCGGUGCCGGAACAGUUCGAACUGCGCUUCAAGCUGCUGGACCCACGGACACAGCAGGAGUACCUGCAGCGUGGCAUCAUCCCCGUGGCCGCCUGCACCUUCGACGUCCACAACCUGCUGCCCAACCGUGUCUACAAGUUCACCGUCAAGAGGGCGGAGAGCUACACGCUGGUCUACGAGCCCUGGCGGGACAGCCUCACACUGCAGACCAGGCCGGGGCCCCCCGAAGGGCUCCCACCCCGUCGGCUGGGCAAGCCGGGCUGCCCCUGACCGCAGCUCCCGAGAGAUGAUUUUCUAAUAUUUAUCCACUAAUAAAGAGGAGUAUAAACGCA